AUGUCUCGUCCAGUCAACGGCGCGGGGUCUUAUGACACCACUUUGGUCGCGGGGCUGAACAAAAUAGAUAUUGGCCCCAGACUCGCUUCUACGCCUCCUUCGUCAACUACGUCCCGCAAAAACAGUUCUUCCGAUGCCAUAGUGUCAAAAAAGCCUCCCAAAAUAUGUCACGAGUGCGGGAAGGUUAUUAUAGGCACGUUGGUCCGAGCCAUGGACCGGAUCUACCAUGUGGAAUGUUUCCGCUGCUAUGAUUGCGGGAACCAGUGCUCGAACAAGUUCUUUGCGGCCGAUGUCGAGAUCAACAACCAGACCGUCCAAGUCCCGUUGUGCGAGUACGAUUACUUCAAGCGUAUCGAUCUCAUAUGUUCCACCUGCGACAAAGCCAUUCGAGGCUCGUAUAUCACAGCCGUGGGCCAGAAGUUCCACCCCGAGCACUUCUUCUGCGAGGUCUGCCACAAGGUGUUUGACUCCGAAGAUUACUACGAACAUCAAAACAAAAUUUACUGUCAUUACCACUAUUCCAUUCUUUAUGCUGCGCAGUGCGAGGCGUGCAAAUCUGCCAUACUAAAACAAUAUGUUGAUCUUUACAGGGGAGGAAGAGACCAGCAAUGGCACCCCGAAUGUUUCAUGGUCCACAAAUUCUGGGGAGUUGACGUGACUGUCGAGUGCAUCGGCCUCAAUCACGGAGGCCUCAAGUCGCUAGCCGACCCUGAAUCUAAAAGCUCGUUAAGUCCAGAUCAACUAUUUGAUGUGGAGAAAAAAUUAGAGCGCAUGACAAUGUCCAUAUGGGUUACCCUUUCUGAGUUUGAGGAAGGCUGUGCCUCGUGCAUCUCGGACAUGUUGCACUGUGCCUCUACGGGGAACCAACUCGGUGGCCUCCUGGUGACCGGCCAGCUCGUCCUGAAAGUAGAGUACCUAUUCCGCGGAAUCGAUAUUCUCCACGACUGUGCAGAGGCUUCCCGGAUCCACAUCGACUACUCUACUAACCACAAGCUCUCUCCACUCAGCAAAGAGCCCCGCAGCAUGUCGUCCAAAAUAAUGUCGUAUCUGACGUUCCUCCGCGACACCGACAGAUCAAAAUUACUGUCGAGUUCUCACACUCAGCAGCUGCUAUCCUUAAUUUCCACUCUGGCUCAUUACAUCAAACUGAUAUCCAGAAACACCCUUUUGCAUGCUCUUGAAUACAACAAAGUCAACCACUCCACCAUUGCCACAGAUAGAUAUCUCCGUGAGCUUUCAAGUCACGAUUCAAUUCCGCAGGAUGUGUUCUCCGUUUUGGGUGUCCCUCCAAACGCCAAAGAUCUAUGCUUCCGGUGUCAAAAGAGCAUCGAGGAAGAUUGUUAUAGGUUUGGUGACCACAGAUGGCAUCUGGACUGUUUUGACUGUUCUAACUGUUCCAAACACCUUGGAUCUCAAACAAAUUUAAGCGAGGUGACUUUUAACGUUCAUACAGAAAAGAUUCUUUGCGCCAGCUGCUCAGCAGAGGACGUCGAUGCCCAGCCGGGUUUCAGAAGAGUGUCACGUUAUAUGCAAUUGAUUUAUCUUUUGAAGAUCGCGUUAAUCAGAUCUCGUCAUGCUAUGCUGAAACGCGGUAUCAUCACGAAAACUCCAUCGCAGACGCUUGUGUCUUCUGAUUCGUAUGACCAGCACGUGUCGGACAUCAAGAGAAUGCGUUCGAAGCGACAAAACCAGCGGAUUGGUGUGGCCUCUGCCGAGGCACGCAAGUCGAUCAUAGUGGAAGCUCCUGAAGCUUCUUCUGCGGGAAUGGAGGAGGUGGAUCCAGAGUCGAUGAGAAUGUACUCAUCAUCUUCUUCUGCAUCUAAAUUCCUAAGGAAGGAGAAAUCUUUGGGCCGUAAGGGGUCCAAGAGACUCAGAAUCGAGGACGUUCCAAUGAACUCCAAGCCACAUGCCACCAACCUGGAUGUUACUUCGAAUCUUCUGAAAAACGAGAAAGGUCUCACAUUGGACGAUAUUCCCCGGAUUGUUUCUUCGGAGCAAGCCAGAGAACACCGUCCUAAUGCGUUCAAGUUCCAGAAAAGAGCGUACACUCCUGCAAACUCCACCAUUCCUGCUCCUAAGGAAGUGAAAACAAAGGGCACAGAUUCGAUUCAGGUGCCAGCACCACUUAAUAACAAAACCAGUUCAGGAGCCCCUUCGUCGCCAGUUCCUCAAUACAGAGCGUCUCCGAACUCCAACGGCAAGCCUCGGCCUGUUGAUCGUGCGAACACCUCGACCAGGCCGGCGGCUGUUAGAUAUUCAGAGUUUUCCAAGAAAGACAACGAAUUCUUGCAACAUAUUGCUGCGUUUUCUUUGCACAGAAUGAUGGGAAACACGUUGUCACUGGAAGACUGUCUUUCUUUCAUUUCAGUCAAGAAGAAUGCCUCGUUCUGGGAGAAAAUGUUUGGAAACUCUGGCAGUAACAAAAAGUCUCAUGGAAAAGUGUUUGGGUCGCCUCUUGAGGAUCUGGUGGAGAAGUAUGGUGUUGAGAGUGAUUUGGGACUGGGCCCUAAAAAGCUUAGAAUCCCAAUGUUUGUGGACGAGAUCAUCAACGUGAUGCACACCAUGGAUUUAUCUGUUGAAGGAGUUUUCCGUAUCAAUGGUAACAUUAAGCGUUUGAGACAGCUGACAGAGGAGAUCGACAACAAUCCUCAGCAAGUGCCUGAUUUGAGCAAAGAGACGCCGAUCCAAUUGGCUGCUUUGCUAAAACGAUUCACAAGAGAGAUGCCUGAUCCCUUGCUCACUUUCAAGCUGUACGAUUUGUUCAUUCUGUCUCACAAGUUUGCGGACGAUGUGGCCAAACGGGACCAGAUUCUGAAACUUGCGUAUUGCAUGCUGCCAAAGGUGCACAGAGAUCUUGCAGAGGUGCUAUUUUCGUUCUUCAACUGGGUUGCGUCGUUCUGUUUGAUCGAUGAAGAGAACGGGUCCAAGAUGGAUAUCCACAACCUUGCCACGGUGCUCACGCCAAACAUUCUGUACUCGAGACCAAAGGCCGAUUUGAAAGACAUCCCUGCCAGCUCGUCAGACCUGGUUCCACAGGGAGAGAAUCACUUCUUGGCCAUUGAGGUGAUCAACACGUUGAUCGAGGCACAGGACGAGUUCAGCAUUGUUCCGAAGGAAAUCCUCCAUGUUUAUGAACAGGCCGGGUUCAAGAACUGUCCCGCCGAUAUGAAGACCAAAGACAUUCUUGCCAGGUGCAACAGCGUCUACAACGAGCAUCCAAACUAG